AAGAGGAGCUUCGUGUUUUGAUUCAGCAACAGGAUUGAAUAUAAGGGCAGCCAGCCAACACAGUGUUAUCAUUUGAAGAAAAGGGUUCUGUCGUAAAUAAUCACAGUGAAAUUGACCAGCAGGUUCCAUAAGAACUUAUCAGGCUUAUCAGGAUAUUCGAGAGGACCAGCUUAAUCGGCUCAGGAAUCAUCUGAGCGUGGGAUUAGCAAUAGUUGCAUUCAGGAAGCGAAAAGCCCACCCACUCACUCACCCACGGAUGUGUCUGUACUUGGGAGUCGUGGAACACCUGCUGGAUGUGGUGGCCUACUGCAUGUGCCGUGUCCUGGAGCUGUCCCUGUUCACCUGCAUGAUGGUCUGCGGUUCGCUGAAGGCCAAGCUGACCCACGGACCCACCAACGAGCUGGAGCAAUGACCAGGACACUACGAGAGCUGCUAAAGGAUGCGCUCCCUGCAUUUGUGCGUUUGUGUGUGUUUCGACUAAAAUUUAAUAAAUGAAUCUUUUUCUAUAGUGGCGAAUAAAUUACAACUUAUAUAUGAG